AUGCCUCUGCAUCCGCGCACCUUCCUCCCUCGCCCCCAAACUAGCGCUCUUUGGACCUGCGCUUCAUGCCUUGCGCGCACCUCGUGCACCGCGUACGCGCUCCCUCCACUUUGCCGUCGCAGCAACCGCCUACUCCUUCCAUCUGCCCUCCAGAUCGCCUCAUUCCAUGCCUCUGCGUGCCGCCUGGCCCCCGAACCGCCCACCCACUAUCAGGUGCUAGAGCUCCGGCAUGAUGCCUCCGCCGGCGAGAUCAAACGCCAGUUCUACACGCUCUCCAAGAAACACCACCCCGACCACAACGCCUCCGACCCGGACGCAUCCACGCGUUUCGUCGCCAUAAGCGAGGCCUACCACGUGCUCUCCAUCCCGGAGAAGCGUGCCCAGUACGAUGCCCAGCUGUCGCACGCCCACUCCCGCUCCUCGCGCUGGGGGUCCCACGCCGCGACGCCGCGUGGCAGCUACAGCUCGGCCUCGUACGCUGGAUCACGCCCCGCCAGCGGCCUGAACAAGAAGCGCAGCACCUUCCGGGGGCCGCCGCCGUCCUUCUACAAGGCUGGGGGGUAUGGCCGCCACGGCGCGAAGCGCGCAGAGCACGCCCAGCACCACCACGCGGGGCAUCAAACGGAACAAAACGCCAACACCAGCGGCGGCGCUGACUCGUACGGCCGGUUCGGCGAAGGGAUGGGACCCGGCCAAGCAGCCUACGGAAACGAGGUCCCGCACUUCGACGACAGGAAACACAAACAGACCCACGACACAGUUUACGAGCACAUCUACGCGAGGAAGCGGCGCGAGCGCGAUGCCGAGAUCCCCCAAGAGUUUGACAGAGGCGGCAUGCUAGCCAACUUUGUCAUAGUAUCGGGCAUCGUGGCCAUUGCGGCCGCUGCCACCAAGAUGUUCUCGAACAGCACCGAAGGAAACAAGAAGGCGAAUGCAUGA